AUGUCGAAUAAUGCUCAAAUUGGGGAACAAAAUUUUAUUCCAGCUUCUAUGGUACAGAAUAUACUUGAAUGGCAACGUCAAGCUUUAGAAACUAUUAGGGAACAAAAUAAAGUUAACCAUGUCACCCAACGACAAAAUAAUGCUCUUAUUCAGAAAAUUGAUAUGUUGCAGCAUCGUAUUAAUGACUCUAAGCCCCACGACAAAGAUUUGAUGGACCUUGAUAACGUGAUGUCAGACACUGAAGACAUCAAGGAAAAACUUGGAGAUAAUCCACGAGGAUCCUCUUCGAAUGACGUAUUAUUCAUUAAAGACAUUUCUACUAAAUUACGUCAUUCACCUAAUGUACUCCUGGAAAUCGAAAGGAGAAAACAUUUGAAAGCUCUUGAGGAUUUGAACGAUGAAUGGCAUUAUAAAUACACAACAUUGCAAACUAAAUUUGAAACGCAACACAAAGCGUAUCAAGAACUCAAAGAACACUACCAAAAAAGAUCUGUUGAAUGGAAACGUGUGAAAAAGUGGUUGGAUGAACAAAAAUAUGCGCUAAAGAAUCCCGAAUGUACGAAUGAAUCGACUAAUAAAGAUACUAAAGUUCAAUUUGAAAAAUCUCCAACGAUCAUUCAUGAUAUCAUUAAUGAUUCAAAGACAGGUGCUCUUACCGAAGUGACAAACACGCGUAACCAAAGCUCUCUUCAAAAUCUUGAAAAUGUUGCAUCAACUGAUGAACACGUAUCUGAUGUCAAUAAGGCAUUGAUACUUGGGUCAUCAUAUAAUAAAGGUGAUGAUGAUGUUUUUUGCAAGGAUAAUAUUCGAACUUCACAUGAUAUAUUAUCUUCUCCGAAUCUAUUACCUGGAUCAAUGUUGAAAAAUGAUCUUGAUAAAACACAUAAUCUUGAGUCAAAACCCAUUUAUCAUGAUCGGGAUUGGAACCAAGACUACGUUGACCUACGAAAUGACUUUGAUCACAAUAUGAUUAAUUCAUCAAACAAGAAAAGGACCAUAGAUAAAAUGAUCAAGCAAGAGGAAAUUGAGAACGAUGAAUUGUUUUCUGCUGAAGUAACUAAUAAACGUUAUAAGCCUUUAACUGUUAAACCAAGAGAUGAUUUACGAGAAGAAUUCGAAGAGGAUGAAGAGUUUGAUGAAGUUCACAUAAGAACUCCUUAUAGCGAUCGUUUCAAACCGGAUUCGAAAAGGUCGCAUGCAUCAACUGACGAUAUGUACGAAGAUAACGACGCUGAUUAUGUCGAUCCUUUGAUACCUAUUACACCACCUUCCAUUGUGAAUAAAUGCGUGACCAAUAAUAAUAGUGAUGCUUCUAAACAAGGAGAAGGUUAUAGAUACAUCGAAACUGUACGAAAGAAGAACGAAAGACGCCAAUUGAUGGCGCAAGAUUGUCGUGAUUGUCGUAAAUACUAUGAAAUGACAGGUUUCAGUAUGUUACGAACAUGUGAUCAUAGCCAAUCGUCGGUAAAUGAUUUAGAAACCUUAAUACAAAAUAAGAAACAGUUGCUUUCGCGGCAUCGUGCCAAAUAUAGUCGUCCACAAACUCCACCGGGUUUCUGGAAAGUUGGUUUCCCAUCAUCACAAGAAAUUGCAGAAAUCAACGAAUUAUCAGUCAAGUAUGAACGAGAAAGGGAAGAACAAAAGAAGAGGGAGGUGGAAUUUGCUAAAUCUCGUGAACGAAGAUGGACAACAAAAUAA